UUGAUGACGUGUUUGGAAUUCUUCUUUAACUAAAUAUCGGGCAAUCUGGGCCGGAUACAAGACUCCUUUUAAAACGGCCAACUUCGACUUUCUACUUUAUACCUUACAAAGUAAUUAAUUAAACUGCCGCAAUUAGUCGCUUUACCGAGUUGUGUUGGAUAUCUCGUCGUUAUUUAAACGUUUAACUUUACUAUUACGGCGUUCGUUUAACAUAAAUCCUUUUUGGGAAUAGUUUUAAUAGUUUUUUUUUGUAUUUGAGUGUUUUACAUAAUACGUGCGUGGGUGGAAGAAGGUCUCUCCAUACCAUUUUAAUCGCUUGAACCCGUAUUGUUUUUCUAAGGCUACGAUCCAUUAGGCGUGCAGGUGCGCCUCAGUAAAGCCGCGGAUUUAAUAUUUACUACAUAACCAACAGCCUUGACUCUAACAACAAACACGCUCUCGCACUUUCGUUUGCUUUUAUUCUUUCGCGAUUUGUUUUCGUCACGUGUCCGAACCGUUAGUGUGAAUAGUGUGGACGUUUUGCGUAAUAAUAACGUUUGGCAACCACUACUAAGGUCGAAUGUGCAGGUUGUGUGCAAAAUUAUCUAAUCGUCAUUUACAUUGGAAAAAAAAACUCUUAUGGUCAAACAAGGUUUUUUAACGCUAAUCAUUUUUUUUCAAAGACAUAAUAUAGUAAUUUGUUUAAAUGGGAUUUUUGUGAGUUUUGCCAUGUUGGAUGGUGGUGAUAGUGUUUAUCCAGGACCUUGGGGGUCCUCACAUCAGGCACCCUCCAAAAAAGGUGUCUUUUAUUUCCUACGUCCAUUUUAAGCCAAAGUUUUUCCUGUCACAGAUUGAACCUGGAGAGGCUAUAGCAACUACCAAAGAAGAAGAAUGGGUAAGCAAAAAGAAAACAGAGGUGAUCAACACCAAACAGAUAGAAACUCGAGUGAAAAGACAAGUGGUGCUCGAAGAUGGAAAAGUGGUGGAGGACUCGGGCCCGGUUGUCACCACGAAUACAACUCAAGACACAGAAACGCAAGAGCAUCAUCAAACCGAGCUUCGAAAGUUGGGGGAAGAUGACGAAGAAAACCACCCUGCCUUAAAAGAUGUCGACCAAUUGGACAAUAACUCCAAGUGGGUCGUGGUGCCGAAUCCCGACGGCGUCGUUCGGGAGGUAAAGGAACGCAGGGUGGUUUCAAGGGAGGAAAAGGAAGAGGUCAAAGAAACGGAGGAUAUCCAACACUUAGGCGACAUAACCGACGAGGAUUACCUAGCAGCUGUUAAAACCGGCGAACAAGACUUAAGGAGAGUGUUAAGAACAAUAGACAAGUCUGGGACGAUUUCAACGGGACCUCGUUUGAUAAGGGACACUAACAAGUCGAAGAAAGUUACGGACACCGAAGAAACUCGGCAACUAAGCUCAAUUCGUGAAGAUGGCCGGAUUGUGACGGAAACCGAAAGGACGACCGAACACGAGGAACUGAAGGACGACGAGUUACCUCACGAUGCUCCCGAUAAAGACGUUCAUUUAGAAAAUUCGCAAAGAUAUUUCAAAUCGCGAGAUCAAGAACAGGUGGAUUACAUAUCAAACGGUGUUAAAAUAGGCGAAGAGAUGCGCUAUAAAGGUGAAACGAUAGAAGUAGAACGCCACGGAAACGGGAUAGACGAGCCCGAUUUUGAUUCUUUGUCGGCAAGAGCAAGAAGAAGAAACUUAAACCGUCCUCCGCGCCGAUAUCGAGAUCUGCUGCCAAGUGCUUCACCAAUGGAUCGGAAAGAUGCAUUGACUCGAAGACCACUCGAUUUCGAUCAGGAAGAGGAGACGAGAAAAAUGGAGACCUCCAAGUGGUUGGAGAACCAUUUCGGAAGCGAAUCCAGGUCCUCGCGGGAUUCUUUAGCCGAAGAAGACGAACAACCCCCGAAAACUAGUUAUUUUAACGUAACUAUUAAAUCCCAACCAACCGCGAAACAAGAACCAGCUUCAUCGGUGGAUUAUGUUAGAAAAGAAGGACCAAGACUUCUUCAUGAUCCAGCAUCCCCGAUGUCAUCGAGACUCCAAGAGCCCGAACGAGAUCCACCAAGAAGAUAUUAUCAAGGAAUUACGGAGUGGGCCGAAAGAAGACAUCAAGAAAAUUACGCAACGGAACCAAGGAGAUUUUCGCCGAGUAGAGAAUACCAAAGAUCUCCAGUUCCUGAUUAUCGGAUUUCCCCCGAAAGAAGAAUAUCGCCGUUUAGGGAAACAACGCCGACUCCUCCACAAAGAAAAAAGGCUUUAGAAAGACGGCAAAGGGUUUCCCAAGAAAGUCGGUAUGAUAGCGGGUAUAGAACGCCGUCGAGAAAUGAUACUAAAGAAAGUAGAGAAGAACCGUUAGAAGAACCACCCCCUGAUUAUUCACCGCCAAGUCCGCCAACGAUGCCGGAAAAAAAAUUUCAAAAAACGCGGUUUGCUGCUGAACCAACUAAACAUAAAAGUGGCAAUAUUAUAGGUCAAUCAAUAAGAAAACUUGUCGGUAAAAUUCGUUCAGCUAGCGCUGAAAGAAAAGCUAAACAAAGAGCAAAAAGAUCUCCAUCGCCAUCAUAUCAAAAAGGCCACGUUAUCGAUAAAGAUAUUAAUCACCACGAUAUUGAUCGAAGAAGAACUUCAAGUCCAGUUCAUCGCUACUAUUUAGGAGAAGAUCCAUUUGGGGGGUCAAUUUACGGCAGGGAGAAUAAAUACGACGGAGUCCGACCAGUUCGGACAUCAAGGAGACUAAAAGAAGAAGAAAAUAGAUCCCAAAGUACUUUGGGACGAUUUAGUAAAAGUACUGGAAGAUUAGUGAGUACACCAAGAGUUUCUCAAACUUUACCAAGACACGCAAGCAAAAAAGAAGACAACACCAUCAACGUUUCGAUUAUUAACACGCAACGUCCCAUCAUUAACGGAGGCCCCGCAAAACCAGCGAGGACUUAUAAAUCAAACUUAUCGCGAAGUCAAAGUUUUAAUGUUCAACCCGGCGAUUUAAACGCAAGAAGAGCCAUGCAUAAAUCAAAUCCACAAUUAAAUCGUCUCGAUGAAGUCCCGGCGGGGUUAAAAAGCCCGGCUUUAAUUUCAAGUAUUAAUAGGAGCCAACAAAAUUUAACCGAAAGCGUUGAAGAAACUUACACAAGUAAUCGGUACGAAAGAAAUAACGGUUAUAAUCAAGAUAGUAAUAAAAGGAUGUUUAUGAAGAAUCUUAAGGAUCGAGCACCUGAAUUAUUUAAAACUUUACACGAUAAUAACGAAGAUAAUUAUAAUAAUAGAAGGGGUUACGAUAUUUAUGAACCCCCAACUCGUUUAAGAGAUACAGGACUUAACACUGGAGUUGUUAAUACUGGACUUCCAAGUACUGGUUCAACAGGUAGAGUUAUUCGAAGAGGAUCAACAUCGAGUAAUGAUUAUUCAGAAACGUAUCAUACAACUUCGAGGAACGAUGAUCCAAAAAAUCCUAGUAUUACAAAUACGGUGCAAAGUUUUAGUAAGAAAACGAUUCCGAGUAGGGAUGGGAGAAGUUUGGAAACUAUUGAGUCGACCGAAAAGAAAUCGAUAACUAAAAGUCAUUAUGUUGGGCCGUCCACGACAAAUAAAUAUUACGAAGAUCGAAAGUAUACUUCGAGUCCGGUCGUUAUUGAAGUGAGAAAUUACAGGAAAUAACUUAUUUUAAUUAAUUCGAGUUAAUAUUAACAAAGAGCUUAUUUUAACUAAUCAAUGUUUAACUGCCACGAAUCACGUAUUUGUUUUUAUUACGAGAAAGAUACACUUUUGUAUAGUAUUAUUAAUUUUUUUCCUGUAUAAAUAUGUUAAUUAUAAAUAAUAUAUUGCUUAAGUUUUA